UCUCUGUUAGCGUGUUUUUGAAUAAAAGUUGUUCAUUGUCUAACUGGCCAUGCCCUAGGAUGGAAUUUGUGAAUAUUUGCGCUUCAGCAACAACACGUUUUCGAAAAGAACAAAUGUUUUUCAGACAGCAGACUGCACUACUUUAGUGGGAAAUAACAAAGUGGACAGAUCACAUUAACUUUGCUAGCCGCUGUCUAUCAAGCUCAACACAACAAUGUUUAACAAGUUGCGGUCUGUGAUAAAACCAGUUACCUCGUCGUUCGAGGUUACAAGCGGAAUAUGCUUGACAAUCCUCACAUCCUUGAGUGUAUGCCUUAUCACGAGCUUUCUAGAUGUCUCCUGGAACACCUUGGCUGUCGACUCCAGCGUCUUUUCAAGUGGUUAUGUUCACAAGCUCCUGACCUACUGCUUCAUCCACCGCGACGUGGCCCAGCUGCUGGUCAGUGCAGGGGUACUGGUGGCCUUCAGCAGCUCGCUGGAGAGAGGUGUGGGGACGGUGCGGUUCUUCUACCUCUUCUCACUGCACGCCAUCCUCACGGGCCUGCUGUUCUCCCUUCUGGCGCUGGUGGUCUUCUCGGAAGAACCUUCUGCCAGCGCCACCAACAACACGGCGUCAGGUUUCAUUCCUGUGGCGCUGUCUCUCCUGGGCAUGGUCACCAUCAGCUCCCGCAUGCAGAGGGCCUUCCUCUUUGGGGUCAACGUGCCCACGGUGGUCCUUCCCUGGAUCAUUUUGCUGGUCGUCACGCUGGUCGUGCCGGGCACGGUGCUGCUGUGUAAUGCUGUCGCCAUCGUUGUGGGAGUCAUCUACGGAAAGGGCUUUCUCUCUCCACUGGAGAUGUCUGAGUCCAGAGCCACUCUUCUGGAGAAGAAGACGUUCUUCAGGCUCCUGAGGAGGAUCCCAGGCGUCCAGUUCGUCCCCUCAUCCGCAGAGGAAAGGAGAGAGAUUCUACACGCACGGUGUAAGCCCUCUCCCGGGUCUUACCCAGUGCAGGCCUACGCACCCGCCACGGCUGCCUCCUCCUCUUUUCCGACGCACAGCGUUUACGAGGGCUGGUCCCACUCCUCCUAUGCCCAGCAGCCGAGCCCUGCUGCCUUUCCUGCAGCACCCUACGGCUUCAGUCAGGGCCAUGGGCACAGCCACGGAGGCCAUGGGCACAGCCAUGAUGGCCACGGGCACAGCCACGACGGCCAUGGACACAGCCAUGAUGGCGGACACGGACACAGCCAUGGUGGACACAGCCAUAGCCAUGGAGGUGGAUAUGCUCCAAGUCAUUAUGUGCCAUAUCCAGGGCCGCCUGCUCAUAGUCAGUUUGGACAUGGUGUGGGUGCAGCAGCUGCAUAUGGGCACAGUCAGCUGCAUGCUGGUCCGUAUCCCACAGGAGGUGUAUGGCUGCCCCCCAGCAUACCCAUGCCUGCACCUCCCAGCUCUGGCCACGGCUCUGGAGCCCCCACUCCUCAGGCCCAGACUUCAGAACCUCACUAA